GAACGAGGACUGAGGCAAGAAGAGGGGGAGAAGUAGAGAAGUCGUCUUCUUUACAUUUUUUGCAAAUCAUGAUGGGUGACAUUCGGUGGGUCUGCUGAAGCCGCGGUUCCUGUCCUCUGAUGAGAUGCAUUUUCAUCGCUGAAGAUGCUGCACCCCUGUGGCGCUAGCCUGUAGUCGGUGUCAUCAUUGUCGGGGACUCAAACAAAGAUGGAGAACGUGUCAGACCCCGGCGUGGUGUCGCCGGCGCUGUGCGACGACUCAGUGGACUUCUACUCCCUCUCCUCGGGCAACCGCACCGACCUGAACUGCACGCCUCCCGCUGAGUUCUACUUCUACGCUGACCUGUACGUCAUCCUGCCCAUCAUCUACUCGGUCAUCUGCGCCGUGGGCCUGACGGGCAACACGGCCGUCAUCUAUGUCAUCCUCAAAGCGCCCAAGAUGAAGACGGUCACCAACAUGUUCAUCCUCAACCUGGCCAUCGCCGACGACUUGUUCACGCUGGUGCUGCCCAUCAGCAUCGCCGAGCACCUGCUGCACCACUGGCCCUUUGGUGAGGUGCUGUGCAAAGUCAUCCUGAGCAUCGACCACUACAACAUCUUCUCCAGCAUCUACUUCCUGACCGUGAUGAGCGUGGACCGCUACCUGGUGGUCCUGGCCACCGUCAGGUCCAAGCGCAUGCCGUACCGCACCUACCGGGCGGCCAAGAUCAUCUCCCUGUGCGUGUGGGUGCUCGUCAUCCUCAUCGUGAUGCCAUUCAGCGUGUUCGCCGGCGUCUACGUCAGCCCCAGUGACGGCAGGAAGAGCUGCGUGCUCAGCUUCCCUGCCCCGGAGAGCUCGUGGUUCAAAGCCAGCCGCAUCUACACCCUCAUCCUGGGCUUCGCCAUCCCCGUCUCCACCAUCUGCAUCCUGUACACCGUGAUGCUCUACAAGCUGAGGAACAUGCACCUCAACAGCAACGCCAAGGCGCUGGACAAAGCCAAGAAGAAGGUCACCAUCAUGGUCUUCAUCGUCUUGGCCGUCUGCUUGUUCUGCUGGACGCCCUUCCAUCUCAGCACCAUCGUGGCCCUUACCACCGACCUGAGGACCACGCCGCUGCUCAUCGGGAUCACCUACUUCAUCACCAGCCUCAGCUACGCCAACUGCUGCCUCAACCCCUUCCUCUACGCCUUCCUGGACGACAGCUUCAGGAAGGCCUUCAAGAAGAUGCUGGAAUGUCGACCUGCCUGAAUGGACAGUCCUACAAGAUUUGUCGCAGAGGGUUUUCUUCAUGGUUGUUGUCGCAGAAUUAAUGGAUGGUGUACACGCCCUGAUGUCAACAAAUCGUUGACGACAUUUUCCACCAUGCUGACGCUAGCUAGCGUGUUAAAAUAUCGGGCCUUUUCUGGUCCUUCUUAAUUCAACCCAUCGUCCACGGUUUCUACCAAAUACGUUCCAGCCGACUCCCGUAUUAGGACAUGAGACAACCGGGCCGCUCGGUCAUAGCGAUAUUUCUACACAACGCAAGAUCAGUACUGACGCACAUGUGUCACUGCUGUUACCUGAUGUGACACAGGCAUGGGAAAGGAGGGCUACUACUACUACUACUACUACUACUACUACUACUAGUACUACUACUGUACAUGUUACAAUACAUAUACAUGUCUUCUGUUGCGUUUGCUUGUGUUUUGUGAGCCUUUGGUGCCCCCUGGCAACAGUUAAAAACCUACACAGCCAUGCAAAAUGAUUGGAGGGGUGAAAUGUUUUCAUGAAUGACGUAAAAUAAAUUACAUUUCCAAACAAGAACAAAAGGCUAUAAAAUAUUACUACUACAUCAAAAUACAAGUAUGUGGACUACAUUUUUUAAAAAAAUAUUGAUAUUAUUAACUUCAUGAGAGAUUAUAUUCCAAACAUGAGGGCAGAGAAAGUGAAAUUUUUUUUCCAACCUGUUUCAGUUCAAACAUAGGGAGUAGAAAUAUUACUAUUAAUUAUGACUUAAUUAUUACUUCAUGUAAUAAUUAUUAUUUAUUUAUUA